AUGCCCAAGAAACACAAGUCUGAGAAGUGCUGGGAUAUUCAGAGGCUCUCAUUAAAGGAACGUGAAGAAAAAAUUAAAACAGCCCGUUUAUGUUUUAAGUGUCUAAGUAAAGGACAUAUUGCCAGUGGCUGUCGAAUCAAGUGUUCCAAGUGUAAUGGAAAUCAUAAUUCUCUUCUGUGUAGAGCAAAGGGUGAAAUAAACACAGAUAAAGCUAUGGAAGGUGAUAUGAGUGUUAAGAAGGUUAGUGAUAAUGCCGAACCUUCUUCAGAAAAUUGCAGUCCUCGCGUGAAUCAUGUUGGAGUUGCUCUUAGCAAGUGUAAUGUGUUGACAAAAACUAGCUGUGUGUUACAAACAGCUAGAGUUAAAGUGUAUGGUGAUUCAGGUAUUUGUUGUGAAGCCACCUUGUUGUUUGAUACUGGCUCCGAUAGAUCCUAUGUAUCCAGUAAUCUUGUGAAGAAAGUUAAGCCUAAGUGGGUGAGUUCGGAAACAGUGUCAUAUGCUGCUUUUGGAGGUAGUAAGUCUCCUCCAGGUAAACAGAGUAAUAUCUUUGAUUUGAAAUUAGUGGGUUUACAAGGUUUAAAACAUUUAAUGGCAUUAGAGAUUCCAAAGGUUUGUGCUCCGUUAACUAGACCUUGUAUUCCUAGUAAAUUGGUUGAUGCCUUUUCAGAUUUCCAACUUGCUGAUGAUUACAAGAAUAAUAGUCACCUAAGUAUAGAUAUACUUGUAGGUUUGGAUGCUUAUUGGGGAUUUAUGGACCCUGAAAUAAAGCCAUAUCAGAGUAAUGGAUUAGUAGCUCAAAAGUCUGUAUUUGGUUGGGUUUUGUCUGGCUCAUGGAUGAACUCUUCUGACAAGCCAUUUGAGUCUACCCAAAUGUUAUGCAUAGGGAAUGUAACGGAUUCUGAUUUAAGUGAAUUUUGGAGUUUAGAAUCUGUUGGAAUAAAUCAAAAGGAAACUGUUUCUAACCCAUUUACCUCAGACCCUGUUCUACAGCAAUUUUGUGGAAAUGUUGAGUUUGAUGGGGAGCGUUAUGAAGUAGGCUUACCCUGGAAGUCAGGUGAAUGUAAGAAGAAUCUUAGAAAUAAUGAGGGACUUGCUAGAAAAAGACUAGAAGGAUUAGAGCGUAAGUUAGAUAAGGACCCACAACUUAAGAAACAAUACUCUGAGGUGUUUACUGGCUAUGAAGAAGAGGGAAUAAUUGAGGAAGUCCCUUCAAAUGAGGUUUUAAGUUCUCAGCCUACAUAUUAUAUGCCUCAUCGUCCUGUUGUUAAAGAAAGUAGUGCUUCAACUAAGAUUAGGCCAGUUUUUGAUGCUUCUGCAGCUAGUUACAAUGGCAUUUCUUUAAAUGAUUGUCUUGAGUCUGGUCCUUCACUUAAUCCUGAUCUUGUGAAAGUUUUGAUUCGUUUCAGAAGGUGGAAGGUUGCACUGACUGCUGAUAUUACCAAGGCUUUCUUACAGAUCUGUGUUCAGGAAAAGGACCGAGAUGUGCAUCGCUUUUUAUGGAAAUGCAAAGACUCCAUUAGAAUUAUGAGGUUUGUUCGUGUUCCAUUUGGCAACACAAGUAGCCCUUUUUUGCUAAAUGCAACUAUUAAACAUCACUUACAGUCUUUUCCUAAUACUGAAGUCAUAGAAGAAUUAAAGGAAAACCUUUAUGUGGAUGAUUGGCUGUCGGGGGCAGACAGUGCAGAAGAGGCUUCUGUUAAGUUUAAAGAAGCUCAGAGAAUUUUGGCAUUAGACCAGUUUGUCUUUGAGGAAUUUGAUUUUGACUCAGAGACACAGUUAGUGUCAACAAAAAGAGCAGUACUCAGUCUCAUAGCCAAACUUUUUGACCCUCUUGAAAUAUCAUGGAGAGAGUUGUCGGGUCUAGAACUUCAUGACUUUGGUGAUGCUUCAGAGAAGGGGUAUGGAGCUUCUGUGUAUUUGAGAGUUCCCCUUGUGGAUGGGACAUACCAGGUGUCAUUUGUAGUUGCAAGGUCUAGGGUUGCACUUGCAUGGAUAAAGGGUAAUCCUAGUAGGUGGAAGGCAUUUGUGUCAAAUAGAGUUGUUGAAAUUCAGAGUCUCACCUCCCCAUGUCACUGGUACCAUUGUUCAGGGAAGGAAAAUCCUGCUGAUCUCAUUUCUAGAGGGGAGUUAGCUGAGCCACUUGUGAAUUCUACUUUAUGGAUGAAUGGGCCUUCUUGGUUGUCUAAACCUUUAACUUUAAGUGACAAAGGAGAAGCUGUGGAGCUACCUGUAGAAGAAAGUUACAGUGAAAAGAACAUUUCUUGUGUAUCUGUAACCACUCCUAAAAUAUUUGAGUUUGAGAGAUGGAGUCAGUUCAAUAAAGCCCAUCAUGUAGUGGCUUGGGUUAUGAGAUUUAUAAACAAUACCCGACCUCAUUCUGUAAAAGUGUCAGGUCCAUUGUCUUCUGAUGAGUUGGUUAAAGCCAAGACCAAAUUGUUUUACUGUGUACAGAGAGAGAAAUUUGCUCAUGAAAUUGCCGACUUGAGAAAGGGUAAAUCUCCUGCAAGGAGUUCCCCUUUGUGUAGACUAGAUCCCUUUGUAGAUGAUGAAGGCCUGUUGAGAAUUAAAGGACGUUUGGAGAAUGCAGACUUGAGUUUUGAAAGCAAACACCCUGUUAUAGUUCCCUCAGGUCAUGUUGCUAAGCUCUUGGUUCAAUUUCAGCAUAUUUUCUUGAAGCAUGCUGGAGUAUCCACCAUUGUAUCUACUUUAAGAGGCAGCUAUUGGAUAGUGGGAGUCAGACGAAUUGCUAAAACUGUUUGUAGAGUGUGUGUUCGGUGUAAGAGGUUUGAUUCCAGGGCUUGUAAUCAGCCUGCUGCACCCCUACCAGGAUUAAGAGUUAAGAUUGCUCCUCCCUUUACUGUGACAGAUAAUGCUAGAACAUUUUUGGGUGCAGCUCGUCAACUUCAGCAAGAAUAUGGUCCACUGUCUCCUCAGUGGAAAUUCAUUGUGUCCCGUUCUCCAUGGUGGGGAGGUUGGUGGGAACGUUUGAUUAGGUCUGUUAAGUCUGCUUUGAGGAAAACAAUAGGUAUUAGAAGUCUGUCUAGAAUUGAGCUUGAGACCACUCUUCAAGAAGUUGAGGCUUGUGUAAAUUCUAGACCUUUGACCUUUGUUGGAGAUGAACCUGAUGUUUCAAAUCCUUUGACACCUUCACACUUUCUCAUUGGACGUAAUGCUGGACUCCAACUUGAGAUUAGUGAUCAACCUUCAUAUGUUACAGGAAAGGAUUUAAUUAUCCGAGAAAGUGUUCGCCAGCAGCAACUUGAUAGAUUUUGGAAAUUAUGGAGCAAUGAUUAUCUGAGAAAUUUGCCGCCUGCUGUGAAAGGAUUUGUGCCAAAUUGCAAUGUAAAAAAAGGUGCUGUUGUCCUAGUCAGAGAAGACCAUGUUUCUAGGCUUAAAUGGCCAUUAGGUGUAGUUACUGAAGUAUUCCCUGAUUCUGAAGAAAAUAUACCAUCAGUUCUUGGAAACGGUGAAAAUGGUUCCUCUGAGCCUUGUGAAGAGAACAUUGUGAAAUGCACCUCCUAUAGUCGAUGGGGUCGUGCAAUAAGAACCCCAGUGAAACUUGAUUUGUAA